UGGCUGCUCCCGGAGGCGGCGGCGGCGGGAGCGGAGGGCAAGCGCGGCCCGGGGGCUCCAUUCCGCGGUCCCCCUCCGCCCCACGCGGCCCGGACCAUGGACCCCAGCAGGUGGUGGGCCGUGCUGGUGCUGGCCGCGCUCCCCGCCUUGGGCGCAGGUGGGGAGACCCCCGAAGCCCCUCCGGAGUCCUGGACCCAGCUGUGGUUCUUCCGCUUUUUGGUGAAUGCUGCUGGCUAUGCCAGCUUUAUGGUUCCUGGCUACCUUCUGGUGCAGUACUUCAAGCGGAAGAACUACCUGGAGACAGGCAGGGGUCUCUGCUUCCCCCUGGUGAAAGCUUGUGUGUUUGGCAAUGAGCCCAAGGCCUCUGAUGAGGUUCCCCUGGCUCCGCGGCCGGAGACAGCAGAGACCACCCCCACUUGGCAGGCCCUGAAGCUGCUCUUCUGUGCCUCGGGGCUCCAGGUGUCCUAUCUGACCUGGGGUGUGCUGCAGGAGAGGGUGAUGACACGAAGCUAUGGGGCCACUGCCACGUCGCCAGGUGAGCGCUUCACGGACUCCCAGUUCCUGGUGCUAAUGAACCGUGUGCUGGCACUGAUUGUGGCCGGCCUCUACUGCCUCCUGUGCAAGCAGCCCCGGCACGGGGCGCCCAUGUACCGGUACGCCUUUGCCAGCUUCUCCAACGUGCUCAGCAGCUGGUGCCAAUACGAAGCGCUCAAGUUCGUCAGCUUCCCCACCCAGGUGCUGGCCAAGGCCUCCAAGGUGAUCCCGGUCAUGCUGAUGGGGAAGCUGGUGUCCCGGCGCAGCUACGAACACUGGGAGUACCUGACGGCCGGCCUCAUCUCGGUCGGGGUCAGCAUGUUCCUGCUGUCCAGCGGGCCCGAGCCCCGCAGCUCCCCGGCCACCACGCUCUCAGGCCUCAUCUUGCUGGCAGGCUACAUUGCUUUCGACAGCUUCACCUCAAACUGGCAGGAUGCCCUGUUUGCCUAUAAGAUGUCAUCGGUGCAGAUGAUGUUCGGCGUCAACCUCUUCUCCUGCCUCUUCACGGUCGGCUCCCUGCUGCAGCAGGGGGCCCUCCUGGAGGGGACGCGCUUCAUGGGGCGCCACAGCGAGUUUGCAGCCCACGCCCUGCUGCUGUCAGUAUGCUCAGCCUGCGGCCAGCUCUUCAUCUUCUACACCAUCGGCCAGUUCGGGGCGGCAGUCUUCACCAUCAUCAUGACCCUCCGCCAGGCCUUCGCCAUCCUCCUCUCCUGCCUCCUCUACGGCCACACGGUCACCGUGGUGGGAGGGCUGGGGGUGGCUGUGGUCUUCGCUGCACUCCUGCUCAGAGUCUACGCCCGGGGGCGACUAAAGCAGAGGGGAAAGAAGGCGGUGCCUGGGGAGGCCCCAGUGCAGCAGGUUUGAGGCCAGAGGGGGCCCCGCCCACCACCCAGGCUUUCCUCUCCUACUUGGAUGCACUGGCUCCAGGGCAAAAUGUGGCUUUCUCUGUACCAGGAACCAGCUUUGCAGCUGGAGGUGGGGAGCCUGAGGCAGACUUCCCCUUGGCCUUAAGUCACAGUCACCCGUUGACAGCCCUCCUGAGGGGCUUGGGGGUGUCGAGCCUACCUGUUGUCACCAGGCCUCACCUGUGCUUAGCCCCUACAUCUGACUUCCCUCCCACACCUGCAUCUGGCUGUGGUGGGAAAAGCACAGCACAAGCGUUUGGGGCACCAAAUGCUGCUUUCCGAGGCGGGUGACAGGGUGCUGAGGGAGCUGGCUCCAUGAGCUGGUGCAGGCUUUGGUACUCUGGAAAUGUCAUCUUGCUCUUUAUAAUUUUAUUAAAUUGCUGCAGUGGACAAGUCCUGUGUGUCAGGUGACU